AAAAUCGGGAGGAAUAUAAUUUUGGAGGCACAUGAGCUCUUUGAUUUGUAUUUCUAUAAGCUUAACUAGGCGGAGCUUAACUAAACGUAAGCUAGUUUCUUCAUCUCAGUUUCCCACACCGAAAAUUUUGAAAGCAGAUAGAGUAAAUAAAAUGAGGAAGAUGAGACUCAUGGUCACGACCUUACUUGAACAGGAUCUGUUCUAUAGGAUCGUACCUCUGAAUCCUUGAAUUAUAAGGAGAUCGGAAACUAAGCCUGGUUGAUGACCGAAGGCCUAGUGGUUAGAGCGUGAUUAACGGCUCCUUCUCAGCUUUGAACGGAGCUGUAGAGGAUCGUUCUCCUCCGUUCGCGGCGGAGAUGACCUCUGGGCUGUCUGACAGGUUCCUUUUUCUUUUUUUUGGGUUGGAUUCUUCUUGUUAGUGAGUUUGUUUUGGUUGCUAGUUUCUUCAUCUCAGUUCACCAAGCUUCGUGAUUUUCUUCUAACUCAAAAAAAUGUCUCCAUCUUCACCAACACAUAGGUAAAUUGAAUCUGCAAUAUCUUUUUUCUUAAAUAAAUUAACAAUUAACGAUAAAUGUUUCCAUAAAUUGUGUUUUUGAUGUAUUUUUCAGUUUUACCAAUUUAAAAUAUGUAUACUCGUUUCUCACAAUUUCCAUUUAAUCCACCUGAUCUAAUUUUCGCCUGAAACUAGGGUUCAUGCUAUACGUUAUUGGUUUCAUUGCACUCAUCUUGCAGUGCAUUCCUUUGAUUCCAAAAAUGAAACUUUGGUCAUUAAUUGUGGGUGAAUGUUAUAUCUGAAGAAGUAGGUUGAUAUGGCAGCUAUGUUGUUCCAGCAGCUCCACAAAUUUCAUCUGGACACGUCUCAGGGCAAAUAUCAAUGGCUGAAUUUUUUAAGAUGGCCAAGGAAAGGAAAAAGGAAGGUGAAGAUAAAAAAAUGAAUAAAAAAGAGAUGCUUCUAGAGGCUGCCCGGACAGGUUAUGGUGAUUUUUGGUAUGUUUUAUUCAUUUUUAGCUACCAAUGUUUAAAUUAGCAUGUUUGUGAAAAUCUUUGGUUAGUAUGCACUUUAGUUGCUUCCUUUUUCCUCCUUGCUUCAAACUAAGAUUAGUUUUUUAUGCUUUCUAAAAUAUCUACUUUUACUUGCAUAACAGAUUACUAAAAAUUACUUCUCAUGACCAUAUCUAAUGAGUAUUGAUCUGUUAGUUAGUUCAUAUAUUAACUCUUAAUAAGAGGAAGAGUUUCGGCCAAUCGAAUUCCAGUGGCUAAAGCAAUAAGUUUAGAUUUUUUUCUCUUCUCUUUUCUUGGAUGCUUCAAUCCUGAUUUUUGCAGUUGCUUUAGUUUCACUUUUCACAUUUAUGGAGUUUUCUUGAGUUUUGUUAUUAUCCACUUUAAAAAUUAUAUUUUUAGUUUCAUCUUAUUGAGUUGUUUUGUUCACUUAUCCAGGGAUGUGAUUUUAAUGAUUACAAGUAAAUAGGCAUAGAGAUAAUUACAGAUUAUAAUUAGGCAUUUUUUUAUUUUAAACUUUUCUUGGCAAUUUUUUACUUCUUGAACAGUUGAACAAUUAGCAUUAAACAUUUUAGUGAUAUGCGUGCCUACGUGGAACCAAACAAAGUCAAUUGAGUCCAAACUGCACAGUCACGAACCAAUUUGAGUAUCAGUAGCGGUUGGGAUUAAAGUAAGUAAUAGAGAAAAGUCAUGCUUCUUCUGAUUUAAAAGUGAUAUGGUAUCUGCAAUUUUCUUUUCAGAAGUAAAGAGAAGAAUCAAUAUUCAUAAAACAGUUUAUAGUUGCCCACUAAUAAGAUAUCUUUCAAAAUAUAUUGAUUCGUGAGUCAUGAGAGACCUGUAACUUGAUUACUCUUUGUGAAUAUAAAAUCUAACUCUUUAGUCUUUACUAAUGAAACCUUGGAAGAGGAAUGAGAGGCAAGUAUAUUACGGUACAAUGACCGUUAAACUCUAUUUGAGUUGAAUGAUAUUUAGAAGUGGCAAUCAGCCUUAUUAAAGGAUGCAAAGCUAGAGGGAAGCCUUCCAGUCCAGCCGCCAGCCACUCAGCUGGGAAAGCAAUUAUGCAAAGAAGCCCUUGGUCCUUGGAGUUGCGAAGUGCGGCAAGUGACUUCGUGGCGCUUUCCGACCAACAUCCACCUGAGCCUCUGCCCUCCGAUAGUCCAGUCUCGCCCCUCGCACUCCAGUCUGCAGUGGUCUGCCUGCCUCCACUCCCUCCAGAUGGAGUCCAGCUCUACAGAGUUGUCUUACAAUUGAAGCACUUUGGUUGGGUUGUGUAGGAAGGGGAAAAGCCGAUUUUUAAAGAAAGGUUGGAAUUAUGUUUCAGAUUAAGCUCAGAAAACCAUCCAGUGAGGGCGGGUGUUCGACGAAGCAGCUACCUUCUGACAGCAUUACUUUUGCAUGCCCUGAUCACCUUGUCUUAGCAGAUCUUCCAGUUGCUAAGAGCCUUGAUUUGGCAAGUGGCACUGCUAUUUUAAAACCUGUUGGUCGGAAAUCCCGUGUCAGCUUGGAGAGCAGGUUCGUUUUUGUGUUUGUUGUGAUUUUCCUAUUGCCAUCUAUGGGCGUCUGAGCCCUUGUGAGCAUGCCUUUUGUUUAGAUUGUGCACAAAGUGAUUCCCUCUGCUACCAAUGCGAUGAACGCAUUCAGAAGAUUCAGACAAUUAAGUUGAUGGAGGGAAUUUUCAUCUGUGCAGCUCCUCACUGUCUUAACUCGUAAGUCAUUCCUGAAGAAAAAUGAAUUGGAGUCUCAUAUUCAUGGAAACCAUGCCGACCUUCUUCAACCAAGUGCAGGAAAAAGUACGAAUGUGUCGGACACCGGCAAUGCUAGAAAACCUGCAGCAUCAGAAUCCACUGUACAAGCACCUCUCAGGUCUGCAUUCUCUUCCACUCUGGGCUCCCAGGCUUAUGAUCGCGAAGACAAAGCUCAGCAUAUGUCAUCAAAACCACCUUCUACUGGAAAAAUGUAGAACCAUCAAACAGAUCAGGCGAUCAGCCGGCUGAUAUAACCUCCUCCAGGUUUUGAGAGGUCUGGUUCUCAGAAUCAAUAUUCUCUGCAGAAUUUUGACUCACGGGGCGGGAUGAGACAAGAACCUGGCCCAUAUCAUGACAAGCAACAAGGAUCUGUUGGGGGGUGUCCUUUUCCAGAAUAUUCUAUCAAUAAUGUUCCUCGUCAACCUCAUACUUUCAUGCAUGUUAAUCCAAAUUCAGUUAUGCCUCUUCAAUUAGGAUAUCCUCAUUUUUCACCUGAACCGUUUUAUAGUAUUCCAUAUGAUAUGAGAAGGCCACACUCGACUACAGAUGUUGGCUCAGAACAAGGAUCAUUACUGGGUUUCCCCCCAGGUCAUGCUCGGCCAUGGGUAUGUCGCGAACUGCUGGCCCUUUUGAUUCUCCAGCAGCUCAUGGAUUCAUGGCUAGUUUCCUGAAUGCGCCUGAACAAGGAAGAAGUGCUUUCUUUCAAGGAAAUUCUGUAGCUUUGCCUCCAAAUGGUCCUCCUGCCUCCCUUUCAUCUAACAAAGGAUUAGAGACUGGACAUGGUGGAUAUUAUAUGGAUUCACGUGAUGCAAAGACUAAUUUGGCACAAACUAUGCCUCUCCCGCCACUUCCUCCUUUGCCUCCUCAUAUGCACCAGCUUAAAAGAGGUAGAUCGUAUUCAGGGGAUGCUGAGUCAUGAUUCCAGGAAGGGCUUCAGCUGACAGCAAAACAUCCUGAUUGGUCUAUCUGUUUGUAUUUCUUCUUCUUUCAGUACCUGUUUAUGUUUUCUGGCUGAUAGUGUUGUAUUGGAAACGAAUGAGUCUAAUUAGUAAAAUAUGUUGCAGAGUUCAAAAAAAAAAGAUGCAAACCUAAAAUAGGAUUUUCACUCGAAUUCCCCUAAAAUGAUAGGCAUGACUCUGAUGAUGUUUGAGAUAAAGAACAACAAAAAAGUGAAUUAACCUGAUACGGCCAACCAGAGGAAGCUUAUCCAUCAAUGUUUAAGUUUGGUGUUACACAGCAAACAUGUUCUAUACUUCUGUAUGUGUGUAUCAGUGUAUGUAUUUUCUCUUUCCGGAGUAAGAAGCAAUUCAUGUCAUAAAUGGUAGAAAUGUGAUCACAAAGCUAAUACAUAAUCUUUGUAACUUCUGAAAGCUCCAAACAACAUGAAUGAUGAAGAAGAAUCAGUAAAGAUUAUUGGGGGUUGACGAGAGAAUAGCUUCUGUCCUUUCAUCUGCACCAAUUAGCAUUUGUAUCAUCCGGUCUGCUUAGCACGCAUUAGUUCCUUUCAUCGUUUCCAAUAGAGGAACUGAUUUGUGUUGAUACGAAUCAGAUUUGGAUUUAGGAGUUAUUCCGCACUACUUUUAUUCUAUGUAUGUACUUCGUAUAUCUAUAUAUGUAUGUAUAUGCUCUGUAUAUGAGUAUAUCUACCAGGCAGAGAUGUUAUGUUUUGUCUGGACAACUACGCAGAUCUUCCGUUUCAUACGGGUUGCAUACUUGCAUGUGUGAUGUGUGUAAAUAUUUACACAUAAAUUUCCAUUUCAUACCGACUAUAUUGUAACUAAACAAUAAUUAAACAGGUUUAACACUUGAAAUAAUGACAACAAUAUUACUUCUCAGUUUCUGUUGGACAAAAAUAUGACCACUUUUAACAAUUAUUGGAAAAUGACCUGACUUUUAACGUAUUCCACCUUCCGCUUUCAACUUACGCUUUCAUCUUCCUCUUCCGCCCAAACAUCCUCACAAGCUCCAGAGCCUCCAACGUUGAUGUUGUCGUUGCACAAACAAUCACCAACACCAGCACCAAUCUCUUCUUCUUCUUUGAAGUCGGUUGCUCCAUCAUCGAAGAACAAUCCAUAUAUGUGACUCCCUGUGCUCCAGUCGGUUGCUCCUCUUAUGCGGUGGCUAGGUUAUGGACUUGCGGCGGCUAGGAUUUGGGGUAGAUGAGCGGUGAAGAUGCAAUCCCUACAGUAGGGAUGACACUUUCACAGCUCUUCAUCGCCAUAGCUAGAUCAAUUUAGAUCUGGUUCUUCUUUAUCUUCUUGUCUAGCCAUUGUUUUCGUUUUGGUACAUAGAUUUGGCUUGGUGUUGGGUCAACGGCUGGAAGGUCGGGGAGGGGGCUGGUGCAGCGGCGGUGGGGAACUGACGGUGCUUUUGGACUAUGGCAGUGGUGCAGGGGCUUUGGAGUUAUGGUGCAGGGGCCUGUUAGCGAUGGUGCAGGGGAGGAAAUGGUGGUAAGUGACCGGAGGGCAGUGAUCAGAGUAAUUUUGUGUCACUGCGGAUGGUUGUCGGAAGGGAAAGGCUGGUGUGGUCACUGUUGGUGGCCGAGGGCAAAAGCGGCAGUUUCCAAGUGUGAGGCAGCUGAGUGCGGGUGCGGGGGGUUGGGGAGGCGGCAGUGGCGGCGGCAUUGGGGUGGCAGCCGGUUUUGAUUGAAUUUUACAUUUACGGCAGGUAAUAGUGACAACGACGGCGGCACAGAUGUCACUGUGGUGGUGCCACUGUAGCGGCGACACUAUGACAGUGUUACUGUGGCGGUGACGAUGUAAUUGACGUGAAAAAAAUUGACAGUGACCACCCUCAGUGACAUGAAAAACGCAUACAGUGACAUAAAAUUUUUGCGGUGACAUCAUGUAUUUCAAUUCCAAAUGUAUGACCUAGUUAAUCACUUUUUUGUCAAUUUUUAAAACUACUCACAUUUUUGAAAAUUUAGUUCAAUUUAGUAAUAUCAAAGGGAAAACCCCUUAACACUUUAACUAUGAAUAAGUGUAGUCUAUACAACCAAGCAUUCCAGCACCGCUGGUUGUGAGGUUAUCGUACCUAGUGAUAGGUCUCGAGUUCGAAACUCACUAGGCAUAUAAGGGUUUGAAAUUCAAUAAAGUGAGUUUCAACCCUAAAGAUUACUCCAGACCCUCAGUCACCCUCCCCAGACCCCCCGGAGUAGUUUACACCAAUGAUUUGGUGGGUAGAAAGGUGUGAAGAAGCAAAACAUUGCUGACUCUACCAACGAUUUUCGAGCUUUCAAAAAAAAUAGAGAUUCCUCCGGUGGUAAAAGGAGAAGGGUGAAGUGAACAAUUUUGUUUAGCAUAUUUUUAAAAGUUUGUGUUAGAAAACAUGUCAUUUUCCAGCCUAUAAUCACGACUAAAAAAGGAUCCUGUGGACGGUGAUAUGGCUAGCAGCUAAUUAAGAAUUUAAUUUGCAUGAGGUCAUUACAUCCACAUUUAUUGGAUUACUUCUUAAGUAGGAAGAACCAUUUAUAUAUGAAGUUUGAAUUUUAAAUAAAAGCAUAUCUAUUGUCUUGGAUUUUGAACUCUACAUCACAUUUCUAACUUCAAUUUUACUUUUUCUAAUCAUUACACAAUUCAACACACAAAUUCAAACAUUACAUUUCGAUGACAAAAUUGAUUGAUAAGUUUGAUAAAGAAACCCGAUGUCACUAAAUGAGCUCUAAAAUUGAAUGAAUUGAUUGAAUAAGUUGAGGUUAAUGAUAUUCUGAUUAAAGUGAUUUUCAGAAUUAUGGAAAAAAUAUUUUAUUAAUAACAUAAAGAAUAGUAGUCAGAAAAGUAACUCUAAUAUAUACUAAUUUUGAUUAUUACAUAAUUCUAUGCACACAAUCAAAAAUAAUAUAUACAAUAUGUAAUAAAUAUUGACUGAUGAGACCAAUAAGCUUUAUAUAAAGAUGAGCCUAAUAUCGGGAUGUUAUGUGAGAAUAUUACUCGGUAGAUGUGAUGUGAAUAAUUAUAUAUUGGGGUGUUCAUCAUGAACAUCAAAGUAUCAAACCAUACGUAAUGAUUUUAUGAUUUAUGAAGAACAGAAGAAUAUGUAUUACCUCAACAAAUGAUGCGGUUGAAGAUGCAGUCAUUUUUAUCAUGCAAAAUUAAACCAAUAGAAAUGGUUGUAUAAAAAUUGUGUAGAAGUUAUGUGUCGAAGGUUACAUACGUUAAACGUUUAAAGAUAUUGAUUUGUAAUGAAGAUAACAAAUAAAUUAAUCACAACUGAAGUUGCUUACAAACAAGUGUUAUAAACUAAUGAGAGCUCAUGGGAACAUUUAUACCAUUUUCAAAAGAGAAAUUGUCAAUACUGUCUGGGCCGUGUAUUUCUAAUUAUAAUCCUCUCUGUUUCACAAUGAGACACUUCUUUAUGUCCUUACUUGGUCAACUAAUCUUUACCAAACGAGUAAAAACGAUACUUAAAAGUCAAAAUCAGAGGGAGUACAAAGAAUUCAAGAGGACUAUACUAACAGCCAUAAAUAUUACUAGGUACAGAAAAGUGUACAAUUAAGAGGCACCCUCAACUUUGAUUUUAAAAGAUUUUCUCAGAAGCAUAUAUUUGAUCUUAUUUACUGCGUAUUGUUGCUCCCGGUGAGUGACGUCACAGUCAGCAACACAUGGAUGGAGAGAAAGAGGAGGCAGUGUGGACUGUGGAUUGAGGUGCCUCCUUGAUCGAAUAUGAUACGCAGUAUCACAUAACAUUUUUUUUCAAAUACAGUAAAAAUAAAAUAUCAAUUAGUCACUCAAAUUUGAUAGGAAACAAUAAUACAAGAACAUCCAGAGAUGAAAAAGACAAUUCAAAGGAGCAGAUGGAGUAAUAUUCUAAUUAAAAUGUACUUCUAAACCACUUUGUAUGCAAGAUUGAUUAAUUUUGAUAAUCAGGUACUUCGGUAAUGAAUUCCAGUGCUAAAUUAUGAAGUUGAAUCCAAAAUCUUUAUGGUCCAACAUGUGGUAAAAAAUCGACUUUUCCCAUAUGAUUUAUGCUCUUAUUCUCUUCUUUUGGCUUGUAGAUUUAAGGUCUGGUUUCUAGGCUUACUGCUUUGGUAAUUUUGGGUAUGGAUUAGGAAUGGCAACCAUUAAACCUGUGGAACGCUUUAUUUUGGUUGUUUCUUCUGCUUUUGUAGAUUCUCGAAAAUCAAUAAUAGGGAGAAUGCAUUACAAAAAAAAUUAUAUUUUAAUUGGAUACAACAGAGGAUUACAAGAUUUAAAUAGAUAAAAAAUCAAGGAUGAGGGGAAUAGCCUCAGAUAGUCGAUCACUCGUCAUCUAAAACUUUCAGACGGUAAUUCCAAAUAGUUCAACAGAAUUCAUCAAUGACAUUCCCCGAUCUCCAAACCAUAGAAAAUGAAUAUAGUUAUGAUUUUUAAUUAUAAUAAUGAUCCAAGUAGAUUAAAUUCAAACCCAGAACGCUGUUCAGAAAAUGUCAUUUUUCAGAACCAAUUCAUGAAUUUAUUCAAACAUUUGGAAGACAGGGUAAGAUGACUAAAUGCAGUCACUUAUGAAGUCUUAAAAGUUCACAUUGAAAUGUAAACGCAUAAAACGGCUCUAUGGAAGAACAGAACAUCUAUCCAUAGGUUCCUAUAUAAUGCGAAUAAAUUUGAUCUCGGUUCAAUCAUAGCAUCGCCGGUCACUGCACGGAAAUGCUACCGGCGACGUGGCAUCGAACCUUCGUAAUUUUCACAUCGCAAGAAAACAGCCUGGGAGAAAAACAAUAACCUCAGAGACCCGUUCCAAAUCACACAAACCCAGCGGCGAAAGCGGAUCGAAGCCACCGCCCAAAAAAGUACAAAACAAUUUGUGGGCGGAGCGACGCCGGACCUCCACCGCUGCUGUUCGGAUUGUCAUACGGCACUUCCUAUUCUAUGGGAAUUCUUCCUCAUCGGCGUCAAAACUAUGUAAUCUACCGCUAACCCUAAACCCAGCCCCUAAAACCGAACAAACCAGUUGUUCGGAUUAGCAUUUGAAGAUGAGAAUUGGGUGAACGUGAG